AAGCCAUGCUCAAAAUUCCUAACCCUUUUGAAUGAUGAAGUUAGUGCUCUUUGAGAAAGAAUCAAAUUGUAUAAAUAUCGUUUUCCGAAUAGAAAGCCAAAGUGAAUAGGUAUAGGUAUUAGAAGUCCAAACAAAUUAAUGUUAGUCAAUAUUUUAGCCAAAUUCGUAGUGUACUAUUUUUUAGGGAUAAAAAAUUUAAGGUAUAAUAUUGUUCAAUAUUUAAAGAAUAUUUUGAUCAACUAACAUUUAUAUGCAUACUUUUAAAAUAAUAUAAAUAGAUAUAGACAAAUAGAUAAUUAAUCCAUGUAUUAUUAUUAAUCCCUCCGUAACCCUAACCAGCUACCCCCUAAUUCAAUAAUGGAAAAAGUUCGUUCUUUUGAAGUGGUUUUGCCAUUGCUGGCGCUGGGAGGAGUGGCCCUUUGGAUAAAUUAUUACUACAGGAAAAGACCAACAAUAAGUGGAGGCCAGCAAGAGGCAGCAGAGGUUGAUGAUGCAAAGGAGGAUUAUUUUAGUCAGCUACCAGAUGAUGUUUUGUUUUCCAUUCUUGCAAAUCUGACAGUAUCUGAGGCUGCUAGGACGACCAUUUUAUCUACGAAGUGGAAAUAUAUAUUUUACCUAGGUGUUGAAAGAUUAGACCUCUCAUUUUCUCGCUUUGUUUCUUACCCCAUUUCUUACCCCAUAAAAGACUUCAGCAAGUUCUUUAAAUUUUCUGUUAAGACUCUCUCUCAAGCAUCCUCAUUGAAACAAUUGAUUUUGUCCAAUUGCAUUGUGCUAUCAAGUCCCAACAUCCGUUUUAAUUCCCUCACGACCCUUGUUUUGAAUGGUGUUCUGUUAGCAAGCGGACAUCUAGAGGGUAUUCUGUCCUCAUGUUCGAACCUUAAGCAGUUAAUUAUUGAGAAUUGUAGACUUCCUUAUAAGCUACGACUCACUAGUACAGUAACAAGUAUUGUUAUUUGGGAUUGUGACGGAGUGAAAGAGAUUGAUCUUCAUGCUGCAGAUCUUCAUACGCUUGAGUUUACUAUGAAUAAUUACAACAACGUAAGAUUCUUAUUCUCAUUUGUUCCCAUGCUGGAAAAUGUAAUCCUUUUUCCUAGGGGACUCGCUUCACUUUCAUACAUAUUUGGUGAUUUUGCAAGAAAUUUACCUGCUCAAGUUAAAUCUUUAACCGUCAAAUGUUUUCCUCGUAAGUCGAACUACUUCCCAACAGAGACGAAGAUGUUCAGAAACCUUAGGACAUUAAGCUUGAUACUUAUGAUCAUGGAUGGCUCUUUUGAGUUUGAGAUGGUCAAACUAUCCCCAAUCUUGGGUGCUUGUCCUCUUCUUCAAUAUUUGAGUUUCGUGGUAUCAAGACAUUGGAGAGCAAAGGAUGAAAGAGGAAGUAGAAGGGCUCCUUUAUCUCGUACAUGUCACACUGAACUAAAACAAGUAACAUUCAAUGGAUUUGCUGGAACAGAAUCAGAGAUGGAAUUUGUUCUUUAUAUUAUGAGAAGUGCAAUAGUACUUGAGCAAAUGUUUCUCAGCCCCCGGUACAAGUAUUCUCGUUUUGUGCCACGGGAAGAUUCGAUUGCUUCACUUGAUCAAAGAAAACGCAACUCAAUCAAACAAAAACUACAUGGACAAGCUAUCUCGAGGAAAGCUGUGGUGAUCAUCCAAUAGGUUAUUGUACAAAUAUGGUAUAUUAGAGCUUUGUAGUCAUCAGUGGUAGGUAAAUUGGUAGAGCUUAUGAUAGGAGUGCCUAUUUAUUUGUUAUUGCUAAACAAGAACAGAAAAAUGUAUUGUCUGCUUGAGCUGCGUUAAUUUUUCUUAGAAUGGAGCAAUUGUGUGAUAACUCCAUUGCUUCACUCA